AUGAAGUUUGGCAAGAGUUUGAGCAAUCAAAUUGAUGAGACGUUGCCAGAGUGGAGGGACAAGUUCUUGUCGUACAAGGAGCUGAAAAAGAAGCUCAAGCUGAUCGAGCCGAAGGGGCCGUGCUUUUCGUCUGGGGAAGAGGGGAGGGCCAAGAAGAAGCAGAAAGCGGACAGUGAAUUGGCCGACGGACGGGAGGCUAUGACGGAGGCGGAGGCAAAUUUUGUCAAGUUAUUGGAGGAUGAACUUGAGAAAUUCAACGCUUUCUUUGUUGAGAAAGAAGAAGAGUGCAUAAUCACAUUAAAGGAAUUGCAAGAUCGGGUGGCUAAGGCCAAUGAUCAGAAUGAUGAGAUGAUUAAAAUCCGGAAAGAAAUUGUCGACUUCCAUGGGGAGAUGGUUUUACUGGAGAAUUACAGUGCUCUUAAUUAUACAGGACUGGCAAAAAUAUUGAAGAAGUAUGACAAAAGAACUGGUGCUCUUCUUCGCCUGCCCUUUAUACAGAAGGUUGUCCAACAGCCAUUUUUUACCACUGACUUGCUGUACAAGCUCGUGAAGGAGUGUGAGACAAUGCUCGACAAUCUGUUCCCAGUGAACAAACCCUCAACUAAAACUGAGGCAGUUGAUGGAGACGAACCCUCGACCAGUUCCACAACCGACAAUGAAGUUCAGGUUAAAGGCCCGAAGGAACUUGCGGAGAUCGAGUUCAUGGAGAGCCUGUACAUGAGAAGUACUAUAUCUGCAUUACGAGUUUUGAAAGAGAUUCGUAGUGGAAGCUCAACCGUUAGUGUGUUUUCAUUGCCACCAUUGCAGCUCAGUGGAUUAGAGGAUGCUUGGAAUAAAGUCCCUGCCGUAGAACAAGUUGCUGAAUAG